CGCCCAGCGCCGGGACCCGCCGCCCUCUCGGCGCGACACCUAGGCGCGCCCGCGCGCGUGCCCGUGCCAGUCCCCGCCCGCCAGCGCCGCCGAAGAUGGCGAGCCCGGCGCCCCCGGAGCCCGCCGAGCAGGGAUGCCCGGGUCCCGCAGCCGCCGAGCAGCCGCCGCCGCCGCCGCCGCCGCCGCCGCCCCCGCCCCCCCGGGCUCCCCGCGAGGAGCAGGAGGGGGAAGUGCAGGAGGAAGGGGCGGCGGCGGGCGCGGGGCGGCAGGUGGAGGAGGCCGCCGGCGGGGUGGCCGCCGCGGUGACCUGGCUGCUGGGGGAGCCCGUGCUGUGGCUGGGCUGCCGCGCCGACGAGCUCCUGAGCUGGAAGAGGCCGCUGCGCAGCCUGCUCGCCUUCGUCGGGGCCAACCUGCUGUUCUGGUUCCUUGCACUGACUCCAUGGAGAGUGUAUCACCUGAUUUCUGUCAUGAUCCUUGGACGUGUUAUUAUGCAAAUAAUAAAGGAUAUGGUUUUGUCUAGAACAAGAGGUGCACAGUUGUGGAGAAGCUUCAGUGAAAGUAAAGGCUCUCUUCUCACCUGGAAGAGAAAAGAGGUGGGGCAGGUGACGAGAGGAUCAGAAUUCACAUCACCAGCUGUGCAUAUGAGAAGUGGAAAAGUGAAGAAAAUGGAAGGCUGGGAAGUUAUCAAUUCCAAACCAGAUGAAAGACCCAGGCUCAGCCACUGUCUUGCAGAAUCAUGGAUGAAUUUCAGCAUGUUUCUUCAAGAAAUGGCUCUGUUUAAACAGCAGAGCCCUGGCAAGUUUUGUCUCCUGGUCUGCAGUGUAUGCACCUUUUUUACGAUCUUGGGAAGUUACAUUCCUGGGGUUAUACUGAGCUAUCUACUGUUACUAUGUGCAUUUCUGUGUCCAUUUUUUAAGUGUAAUGAUAUUGGACAAAAAAUAUACAACAAAAUCAAGUCAUUUCUGCUGAAACUAGAUUUUGGAAUCAGAGAAUAUAUUAACCAGAAGAAACGUGAGAGAGCUGAAGCAGAUAAAGAAAAAAGUCACAAAGAUGACAGUGAAUUAGACUUUUCAGCUCUCUGUCCUAAGAUUAGCCUGACCGUUGCCGCCAAAGAGUUGUCUGUGUCUGACACAGAUGUGUCCGAGGUCUCCUGGACUGACAAUGGGACCUUCAACCUUUCAGAAGGAUACACUCCACAGACGGACACUUCUGACGAUCUUGACCGACCUAGUGAGGAAGUUUUCUCUCGAGACCUUUCAGAUUUUCCAUCUCUAGAAAAUGGCACAGGAACAAACGAUGAAGAUGAAUUAAGCCUUGGCUUGCCCACUGAGCUCAAGAGAAGAAAGGAGCAGUUGGACCGCGGUCCCAGACCCAGCUCAGAGAGGCAAUCAGUGGCUGGUCUCACCCUUCCUCUGAGCGGUGACCAAACCUUCCACCUGAUGAGCAACCUGGCUGGGGACGUCAUCACCGCUGCGGUGACUGCCGCCGUCAAAGACCAGUUAGCAGGCAUGCAGCAAGCACUGUCUCAGGCUGCUCCCAGCCCAGGGGAGGACACAGACGAAGGGGAUGAUUUUGAACUACUGGACCAGUCAGAGCUCGACCAAAUUGAGAGUGAAUUGGGGCUUUCACAAGACCAGGAAGCAGAAGCACCGCAAAAUAAGAAGUCUUCAGGCUUUCUUUCAAAUCUACUCGGAGGCCAUUAGUCUGGGAAUCAGCUUGUAUGACAGAGCACAGACAAACUACCAAAAAAAUUCAAACAAGCAAAAAAAGAAAAAAAAGGAAAAAAAACCUUUUCGAACUGUGAGCUUUACUGAUUACUUUAGAAUUUUGUUGGCCUUUUCUUUUCCCUUCUGCAGUGAGUUAAUUGGAUAUAUAUCAGCUGACACUGAUAGAUUGAUAUUUCUCAUAGUUAUUUUUAUGUAAUGCGCAUGGAAAUGAACUUUAUAUAUAUGUAUAUAUAUUUACUGCAUUGUCAGAGUUGAAUAUUAGAGGUUGUUUUUAAAGCAAAAUGAAAACACCCAAUUAUUGAGGUCCUCCCAUUAGUAUUCCGUAUUUUUUCUUCACAAUUAUUUUUUCAAGCAUGCAAAAAACAGUUUAUUGUAACUCGCUGAAAUAUUAACAGUUAAUUGUGAAACAUGCUAUAUUGGCCCCUCUGUUCCUAAUACUUGGAAACAGUCAAAAACUUUUGGUAGAUUUUGAUGUAAAAAGACAAAAAUGAUCAAGGUCACUUUGGUUGAAAGACUUGGGAGAUACUAUUAAAAUUCAUUUCCUAGGAACAAUUUUGAAAAUAUAUUUAACUAUGUUGGAUGGGCUAGUACAUUUCCAUGUUAUUUUUGCAGUUGUAGACUUUAGGCUUCCUUGUAAAUGGCGUGCUCCAUUGACUGCCAGCUCUAGUCUUGCAACAGGUGGUAUUAACCCAUCGAAAGCAAGUAAUUAGAUAUCAUGUAGACGGUGGUUUCGAUGUAAGCAGAGAUCGGGCUGUGCUUUGUUGUUCAGUUGUCAUAUAUUUGUGAUAGGGAUGUUGUGAGUACAGAUCUAUUCUGCCUGCUCAGAACUAGGUUAAACCUCACCUUUCAUAUUAUGGAAAAAGUCUCUUAAAAUUGUGAAACUAGUUGCUGGUAUGUUCUAUGAGCGAUGUGGUCAUCAGCCUUAGAGAAACGAGAACUGUUUGUAGUCUGACUCUCCUACAGGAGAGAAACUUGCUUGGUUUUCAAGUGUAUUUAUUUGCCAUAGAAGUCUAAAUCUGUAAUCUGUUUCUUCUUAGGAAGCUAGAAUAUAUUUUUCCUUUAUUUUAAACUUUUUAGAUCACUUUUAAAUAACCACAUUUCACUUAGCUGUUUAACAAAGGACUAAAGAGAAGAAAUCAAGCUAAUUUUGUUUUUGUGAUAGAAACUUUUAAUAUAGAAACUUUUAAUAGUGUUGAGGGACCAUGUCAGCAACUACCAACCAUCUCUUCAAUCUUCAGGUACAGCUGGCAUUCUGACAGAUGCACACAGACAUCUGAGCCCCUCAGAAAGGAAGGAUAAUCCAAGAAUAUAGGAAAUCUGUGGUCCCCUCCCUUUACUUUAUCCCUUCCCUUAUAUGUCUAAAGAGUAAUGAUAGGUCAUCUGACAUUUUAAUGUAGCAUCUCUUAUUUAUUUUUUCUUUCUGAGGUAUUAAAAUAUCUAGACUGAAUUUUGCCAAAUAUUAAAGGGAGAGAAGUUACUGCAGACUCUGAACACUUGCUUUUCGUGAUUGACGAUGCUUCUAUGUCAUUAGUGCCUCUUGACUGUGUUUGAGUCCUUUACUGAUACAAAUUGAGCCUGUGCCUUCAUUAUCUUGCCCGUUUCGGUACAAAUGAAAACCUGGUGUUAGAUGUAUGAACUGUGUGGGUUUGCAAGGAAUAUACCUGAAUUCUAUUUCAGUAAGAGUUUCUGGACAUGAAGAAAAAUACAGUCACGUAUUUAUAAAAUA